GGGGUUCGUUUGCUGGAGAUUCUUGAAACUUUCUCCAUCGUAAUUGAUCGAUCGAUUUAAACACAUGAAACACUCGGUGAAUCGUCCUCCGUCGCCUGAUGAAGACGUGGCGGACGGUUCUGAGAAGGAAGAGCUCACGCUUCGAGAAAUCAUCAACGUCAAGUUGGUGGAGAGUGGAGAGAAAGAGAAUCUGAUGGAGCUCGUGAGAGAUAGAUUGGUCGAGUCUGGUUGGAAAGAUGAGAUGAGAAUCGCUUGCAGGGAGCAUGUAAAGAAGAAAGGGAGAAAAGAUGUUACAGUCGAUGAACUAAUACGAGUGAUCACUCCCAAAGGCAGAGCUUCAGUACCAGAUGAUGUGAAGCAAGAGCUGCUGAACAGAAUUCAAAACUUCAUUGGAUCAGUAGCUGCUCCUUGAUGAAUUUUUUGUCAGAGAAGAAUUAUAGAUUUUACGAAUCAUCUCUGCUGUUGUAGAAUUAGCUCAGGGAACUGUACUUUGUUUUCUCUUCUAAAAAUACCAUAUUGUACCAGAUCUGCUUUAUCCCUGCAGACCUAACCUGGUUUAAAUCAGUAUAUGAUGAUAACUUGUGCUUAAAAAGUUAAACUUGC